CAGCUAUGAUACAAGACACUGCCCAAAAUCAAUGAAUCAAGCCUGAUUACAGUAUUGAUACAGUCUGACAGGUAUCAUUGCUGAAUCAUACAUGUUGCUCUGGCUGCACCAGUAUCAAUUCCAGCAUGAAUUCCAGCAUGAUUGUAUCAAGGCUGAUAGAUUCAGCUAUGCUCAUUGCCAUAUUAGCUGCCCAACAUCCAUGAUUCAGGAUGCAUUAGGCCGGAUCAGGACUGACAUCAUUCAUGAAUCAAUCACAAACUCUUGGCUGUGUAGAUUAAUUGCAGAUUGGCCUUUAGCAUAAUCAAAAUGGCAGCAACUUUUACUUAUUUUGCAGGCAGGGGACUGGGUGAAAGGAUAAGAUACAUGCUCUGGGAGUGUGAAAUUGACUACAAAGAGAGGAUACUGACCAAAGAGCUCCUAGCAGAGCUGAGAGCCAAAGGUGACCUGUUAUUUCAGCAAGUCCCUCUUCUCGAAAUUGAUGGAUUGAAACUAGUACAGUCAAGCUCAAUACUCCGCUAUCUUGCUCGUAAGCACAACAUGUAUGGGAAGAACGAUACAGAGGCUGUAGAAUGUGACAUGAUAGCCGAUGGAUUGAUCGAUGCUAUCAUGUAUUUCGGAAGAUAUGUAUUUGCAAAGGAUAAAGAAUCUCACAUCACAAAUGAGAUUAUCCCUAAGCUACCACGUUACCUCAAACCAAUGCAAGACAGGAUAGAGAAAGGAGAGUUUCUUCUUGGAGGCCAUAUUUCUUAUCCUGACCUUUUACUCUUUGAGCUACUUGAGUCCAUCUCUGACAUCAUUCCAAAUACGUUGGACGAAUAUCCUUCGUUGAAAUUGUGGUAUGGGAAAAUGUGUAAGAGGCCGUCAAUCAAAAGGUUUCAUGAGUCGGGAUCUCAUUAUCCUUUUCCUGGAGACGACUAUGUUGCUCAUGUUAUUCAAGUAUUGGAUCGUAAGUGACACUGGCUUUUAACUAUUAGUACUAAUAAUGUAGUCUGCAUUAUUUUUUGUAGUAAAUAACAAUGUCAUAAAUGAUAAAGUUAAUGUACUUUGUUCACAUCAUGU